AUGACAUCGGCGACGACAACGACAACUACGGCUCCAGCAAUCGAUUGUGCUGUGGAGUGUGGUAACAUCUAUGACGACAACUGUAACGGCCUCGUAAUUGACUGUUUGACUGCUCAAGAAGCAAUGUAUAUGGUAAGCGCAGAGGGAAUGCAAUGCCGGGCAUCAGUGAACUGUCGUGCUGGCACAUUUGCGUACUACUACACUGGACCGUUCCAACAAGCACGAUUGCCAGACGCUUAUGUCGUGUGUAAUGGAAUGAAUAUGUGGAUGCUGCAAGGUGGACAAGCAAUCACUGGAAUAGCUUGCUCGGAGAAUGUAGGGUCCCAAAGAGUUGCAGAAAAUCAGAAUUUUCUUGAAGUACUUAUAAUCGCCCUCCCCGGAACGGCGUUCUUCACCACCGUAAGCGCACCUGUGGCGACAACGAUACCACGUACAAGUACAACAACGAGAAUGUCUACGACAAUAACGACGACGACAACAUCGACGACAACGACACCUCCCGCAAGAUGUGUUAUGGAAUGUCCGAAUAUCUACGAUCCCGACUGUAAUAAUGCACCCAAUGUUGCAUGUCUAAGCGCUCAGAGAGCUAUGUACAUGGUUAUUGCGGAACCAGGAGGAUUGGAAUGCCGGGCAAUGGUGACUUGCAUUGAAGGCACUAGCGAAUACUACUACCUACCUAAUACAAGAGGUCAAGAUGGAGCGAUGGUGAAUCAAGAUGUCGUGUGCAUUUUAAUGAAUAACAUGUUUCAAUGGCAACUCAGAGAUACGACAGCCAUUGCCGGAAUUGGAUGCCAACUUCUGCUACGGCUAGUACACAAAGAUUGCGAACCUGAGCGUAUACUAACGGUUUUGAAACAAAAGAACUGCUACAGAGUUGUGGGGCAUGACUGGUCGGUCGUUGAUCAGGCUACAGCUGACGGCGCUCCGGCUACUGCAUACUACUGCUCCUCAUUCGACGCUUCAUCGCUACGGGCAGGGAUGGCUUCAAAAAAGACGAAACAGCACAAGAUGUCGACGGCGGCUCCGGGACCGUCGAUGUUCGAGGUGUACACCUACGUCGACACGGAGAAGAGCAUCGGCGAGCUGUUUCAGGCUGGACGCGUUAGUGAUGGGAAACUAUAUGAAAGGAAGCCAACUAGAAAAUUCCCUAUGGCGUACUAUGCACCAAAACAACGUCCUCGUGGCAGUUCGGCCGGACAUUCACCUCAGGGUAGCAGUGAUGAUGGAAUGAGUAAUGCAAGUCGAAAUGCAUUGAGUCCGAGCGGAAGUCAGCAGGUUGCAACGCCUUUCCACAAAAAACAAGCAAGCGCUCCGGAACUUGAUACGCAUCAUCUCGACAUGUACAAUAGGCCUGUCCCCGUGCCACAAGUGAUUACACAUCAUCAUUCCAAGUCCGUCUCGGCCAUCCCUCCCAUGCCAGAUCCGGCGUUUACAGUUCCACAGCACAAUCGAUCUGUAUCGCAUGAGGCCAACUAUAACGCGUCAUUUGGAACUCAGCCAUCAUUCCAUGAACCUGUCCCUUCAUCACUCUUCGAUCCGCGCGGGAAGAGCCAUUCUCUCGAUCCGAUGAUUGUCGGAAUGCACGAUCCGGGUUCUCAGAUGGCAGACAAAAUGAGUUCACUUGGUCCAUUACCGCCAAAUUGGGAAAUGAAACUAGACGAGAUGGGAAAUCGUUAUUUCGUGGAUCACAAUACACAAACUACGACUUGGUAUGAUCCACGAAUACCUGAGCAUAUGCAAGAGGAAGAAAUCCGUCAAAGACAUGCAUGCCAGCAACAACAGCAGUACCACCAACAUAAUGUGAUGCAGCAGCAACCACCACAACAAGCCUACUUCCCUCCUCAACAGCCGAUUAUGCAUCAACCACAACAUGCCUACGCACAAAUGCCACCAACUCAGGAUUUCAACUCUUCUACUUACCAGCGAGUACAAGAAUUGCAAAACGAGCGCUCAGUAAUGUUGGAGAAACAAGAACAGCUACUGCGAUCGGGAUUAUUGGAUCAGAGCCCUCAGCAGUACCACAACGCCAUGUCGCCAAUGCAAACAACUAGCAUGAUGCCUGAACAGACACAGUAUCCCGCAUAUCCUCCAAUUAACCAAGCUGGCCACGCCCAUCUCGCACCACAAUUCGCUCACGAUCGAACGAUGUCAACUGAUAGCGGAGCAGUUGCAGACUCCAACAUGGAUGUCGAUUAUAGCUCUCCCCUUGGACUGCUGGACCCUGGUGCCAUUGCGGACAUAAAUCCACAUGAAUUUGAUAAGUAUCUUCAACUUUCCUCUCAUCGAGGCUCGGCAACCGUUGGCAGAUAUCAAUGACCGCAUCGUGCUGAGUGUAAAUGUGGCAAGACGACUUCAGUAUAUAUCUACGAUAAUUGUCGUCAGUCCACCAUUGAUUCAAAUGCCGACGGAAAUGCGCAUCUAGCGUUUGCCUCAUCUGAGGUAAAUCAUUAAAUCUGAGGACAACUCGUCCCGCCGUCGAACUAAUGCGCUGUAUUUUUAUGCAAGUCGCCAAGAAAUUUGUUGAUUGCUACUAUAUGCAGUAGAUAAUUUUGAAACUACACGAAAUGGUAGUGAAAAUGUGCAUGUGUUGAGAUUGCUAUGUCUAACAUAGAUUCAUAGAGUUCUAGUUUGUAUCCACAAAAAAUCGAGUGUGAUGUUUGCCUGACUGAUUGUGUAAUGUUAGGCUGAUAUGCUUCUGAGUAGUACGGUCCACAUUCAUAUUGCAUUCUUAUUUAUUGAAUAUAUCCUUUUCUCCUGAUUUAUUGAUUUGUGAUCAAUAUUUAAUCCAUAUGAACAAAUUCAAUACGACAUGUUGGCCAAAUGUGUUUUCCCUUGUCUAUCGUUUAAACCUUAUCAGAGUACAGAUGUCAUAUUCUUACAUAGAAUUCUAAUACAAAUAUAUGAGUUUUAGCUAUACGAGCUUUUCAUAGUCAUUUUUGUCCAAUGAUAUUAUCACCUCUACUCACGAUUAUCAUAUUGAUUUAUCAACUUUCCUGUAUUCUUCAAUGAUGUGUUGCAUAGAUUUUUUUCUACGCUGUGUUCUAUUGUUGUUUGUAUAUAAAAGCACGCUUGUACAAGUAUCUUCAAGAACAAAGUACGUAGAGCGUGCACUCUUUUU